AUGGGUAGAAGGAACUCCACCAGUGUGCCUGGCUUCAUCCUCAUGGGGCUGACAGACUCUACAGAGACACAGCUGGUCCUCUCCAUGCUCUUUCUCCUGAUUUACCUGAUCACAGUGCUGGGGAAUACGGGGAUGAUACUGAUCAUUCGCCUGGAUCCUCAGCUUCACACCCCCAUGUACUUUUUUCUCACUCACCUGUCAUUUCUUGACCUCAGCUACUCAAGUGUCUUCACCCCUAAAACCUUACAGAACUUACUGACUUUCACCAAGAGUAUCUCCUUCCUGGGCUGCCUCACACAGAUGUUCUUUUUUGUCCUCCUUGGUGGCACUGAAUGUUUCCUUCUCUCCUCAAUGGCCUGUGAUCGUUAUGUAGCUAUCUGCAGCCCCCUGCACUAUCCAGUCAUUAUGUCCACAGGACUGUGCAGUGCCCUGCUCACUGGCUCCUAUGUGAUUUGUUUUAUAGAAUCCACUGUGAAUGUAGUUUGUAUAAGCAGACUGCAUUUCUGCAAGUCCAACAUAAUUCAGCACUUUUUCUGUGACACAUUCCCAAUUUUAGCCUUGUCCUGCAGUGACACUUAUGAGGUUGAAUUUAUUGUGUACAUUUGUGCUGGCUCCACCCUAGUGCUGUCCCUCCUCACCAUAUCUGGAUCCUAUCUGUCCAUCCUCUCCACCAUACUGAAAAUUAAUUCCACUGCUGGUAAGAAAAAAGCCUUCUCCACCUGUGCUUCCCAUCUUCUGGGAGUUGCCAUCUUCUACAGCACUAUGAUCUUUACUUAUCUAAAACCCAAGACAUCCUACUCCUUGGGAAAGGACCAGGUGGCUUCUGUUUUUUACACAAUUGUGAUCCCCAUGCUGAACCCUCUCAUUUACAGCCUCAGAAACAAAGAAGUGAAGAGUGCUAUUGUUAGAAUAAUGCAGAAGAGAAAGGGCUGCAGGCCGUUAAUAUCACAGGUUUGCUAA